GCAUUUCAGUCAUGAAUGUCAUAUUAACCGAGUAUAAAACGCUGGAUUUGAGGAUCAUUUGAAACUGAUAGAUGGCGCAGUGAAGUGCUAAAAGAUGACGGACAUAAACCGCAAGUGUUGGCACCUGUUCCGUUGUCAGGUUAUAAGUGACACUAAUCCAGACUGAUCUGUGCAACAUCAGAAAGUGAAAGGAGGUGGAAUCAUGGCAGAUCUGAGUUUGACCGACGCUCUGACCGACAGCGUUCCCGACACAGAGGACGUUGUGGAGAGAGAUUUUGUGGCCACUCUGGAAGCGGAGAGCUUUGAUGAUCAGGUCGGCGAGACGGUUGGCAAGACAAACUUUGUCCCACUGCUAGACAAUGAUGGGAAGGAGCCAGGUACAGUAAUGGAGAACGGAGAUCAGAAAGUCCAAGGGGCUCAGAACCCUGGUGGCUUAAGUCCGCUGGGCUCUUCAGGACUGACUCCAGCGCCGUGGCCGGAGACGCAGGGGGACGUACAGUCGCAUCAAACGGACCAGCAGGACUUUGGGACAGAUUUUCCAACUGGUUCAAUGUCUGGAUUUUCACAAUCCAGCCCUCAACAGAUGAUAGACAGCAGUCCAAUUGGUGUGUUCUCAGGUUUUUCUGAGCCCAGCGUGAUGAUGAACACGGCUGCCAGUCCCGUUCCUCUUCAGACAGAAAGAGCAUCUGAACCACACGCGUCACCAGCGGUCCAGGUCACUGAAACUCCCAAAAUACCUGCUGAACCGCUGAUAGCCUUGACCCCCAAAAGCCCAGCGGACAUAUCUGCAGGUGUCUUUGGUGAGCGCUGGUCCGAUGAGGCCGGCAUCCCAUCUGAUCUGCCCUUCACACCCAGUGUUUCCACUGUUAUCAGUCGCCAUGCGAGUCACUUGACCGAGAGUCCACACGACGCCUCCGACCCCCACUGGUCCCCCAGAGAUAGCGGAUCUGUAGAUGAUAGGGAAACUGAAGCAUCUGACCGCAAAAAAGAAAAGAAGAAGAAGAAAAGACGACCCAGAGAUGAUGUGUUUGACACGGAGCUACAGAGCGAAAGCAAUGAGAGCGUGCAUCGCUCGUCCCCUCGCAAGGAACGCGACAGAGAGGGAGACUGGGAAGACGUCGCCCGUGUGGGUGGAAGAGUCAAGAAGCCCAAAAGUCGAAAAAAGAUUCCAGAGGAAUGGGCCCUCCAUGCCGAGCCUUUCGUUCCUGCCUCAGCUUCCGUAUCCCAAGAGUUUGGAAGUGACAGCGGUUUAAUGUCUCUCUCUGAAGAUUACACAGACGAGAGUUUCAUUCCUCUGUCGCUCACGCAAGAUCUUCUGUCCCUCACGGCUACUUCACCACCAUCCACCCUUCAACCUGUGUUGAUGUCGCCAAAGUCUCUAGGUCAGACUUCAGGUCUCUCUGUGUCAUCUGGCUUUCAUGAGAUCAUCAUGGAAACAGACAGCACCUUCCAGGAUUACACAAAAGAUGCUUUUGAUUCGUCGCUGGGCAAAGCGGCUUCUCUAACCCCUGCAGGAGCCUUUGAGGAGGCCAUGUUUGAAGGAGACCCCUACACUCCUCCUCAUGUCAUGAGCUUGCUUGAGUCCCCGAUGAAGGAACCCCAGAUGUCCACCCCAGAAAGCACCCGUUUCGUUCCACCGAUGGAGGCGUUGAUCUCAGCACCACCGUUUUCACCAUCUGGACCUGCUUGGUCUCUCAAUAACCACAAUCUCUCUUGUGUGACACUUGCGCCUCUUCCAUCACCAAAGAACAAAACCCCAAUAGAGCCCAGACAAGGAAAGAGGUCUUGUUCGUCCUCAUCCAAGAGUCCCAGCACUCCUGACGCACAGUCACCCUCUCCUCAAAGUUCAGGUCUGAAUCCGGCAGCACUGCCAUUCUUUCCAAGUUUUGCGGAACCUUUGGAAACUCAGGCCUUUACAUCAGAAGAAAACUGUGAGAAAAACAAGCCAGAGGUGAACAAAACCGACAACAUCCAGAAAUCUGACAACUCUGAUGUCAUCAACAAGACUCAGAAAGAUGAGAAAACAUUUGAGCAGAAAGACACAACUGAGCACACCGGUCAAAUCCAACUGAAGGAAUCUCCAGAGAAAAUGAAAGAAACGACCAAACCUGAUAAGAAAGAAGAGAAAACAGACAAGAUUGAAAAAGUUGACAAGAUGGAAACACCGGUGAAGGUUGAAGUGACGGAGAAAGUCGAUCAGGUAGAAAACCCUCUGACAAAAGACGUGUCUGAGAAAGAUGAGAUACCAUCAGAGAAGAAAGAGACGACGGAGAAGACGGAGUCCUCCAUAAACAUGGACAAUGAGAAGGUGAAGACAGUAGAAAAGCCUGAAGUGAAGCGUGAGAGAGUCAAAGCUGAUGAGAACGAAUCUAACCGAGACACAGCAGAAGAGAAGAAACCGGAUAUGAAGCUGGAAAAGGAAAAAGUUGAAAAAGAACAGAAGACGGAUGAAGAUAAAGUCCAACAGAAGACAGAAAAGGUUGAAUCCGCUGAUAAGAAGUCUGCCAAAGCUGAGAAGGACGAGAAAGGAGAGAAAGCCAAAAGGCCAGCUGCUAAACCCACUGCGGCAAAACCUGCCGCAAGCACUGCGAAAGACUUGAGCAGUCCUGAGAAAAAGACCAAGCCUGUCGCCGGGGCAACCAAACCCAUCUCCACCAGACCCCGGCCAAGCUCCGCCUCCACCGCUACACCUGCUCCAAAGCGUCCGACCCCUACCUCGUCCACCAGUGCACCCGCUCCCCUCAGCAAAAAAGCCCCUGUGCUCAAAGCACCCUCCCCAUCCGCUGGCACCAAACGACCGGCUACAGCAUCCACUCGACCCCACACGACUGCAACCUCCACCACUGCCUCCAGCACAGCGGCUAAAGAGGUCAAGCCCAAGACGGCCACGGAGAAGCGCCCACUUGUGCCAAAGGUCUCGACGGUUCCUGCUCGGCCCGCCGCCCCCAAAAACAGCUUGUCUACAACAGCGGAAAACAAACCGGCUAUCACAACAACACGCACAUCAACCACAACACGGUCAACAGCCAGUGCUCCCGCCACCCGACGCCCGGCUGUUCUCACAAAGACUGACGGUAAACCUGAAGAGAAGAAAACAACCACACUGAAAACCACAGAUGCUGCUCGUUCUAAAACAGCACCUCUCCGAACAUCCACCGCUACAAGCAGGAUCAGUGCUCGUCCCACAAAAACACCCUCCACCACCAGCAGCACCACAGCAGCCGACAAGAAACCUCCCGCACCCCGCCCAUCACGACCCAACUCAACAACCGCCAGCGCUACAGCUCGCCCCGCCCCUCGUCCUGGCUCCUCCUCUGCUACAGAUAUCAAAAUGGCCCGCUCCAAGAUCGGCUCUACGGACAACAUUAAACACCAGCCCGGAGGAGGAAAGGUCACAGUUUCUCAGAACAGAACGGACACUCAGAGUAAAGACAUCAGCCAGGGCAAAGUUCAAAUACUCUCCAAAAAAGUGGACUACAGUCACGUCACGUCUCGCUUGGGCUCCAAGGACAAUAUGAAACAUGUUCCUGGUGGAGGGAACAUCCAGAUUCUCAAUAAGAAGGUUGACGUUAGUAAAGUAACCUCAAAGUGCGACUCCAAAGCCAACAUGAAACAUAAACCAGGUGGAGGAGAUGUGAAGAUCGAGAGCCAUAAGAUGAAUUACAAAGCUCAGUCCAAAAUCGGCUCAAUGGAUAAUGUCAAUCAUGAGCCUGGUGGAGGUAAAGUCAAGGCUGAGGGGGUCCAGGAGACAGCUGAGGGUAGUCAAGCUCCCUCUAGUGGUGUCCCGGCCGCCCAGCCGGCAGUCAGCUCUGGACAGGAGAAUGGGCUGAAGGAGGGCAGCGCCCCCUGCAGUAGUGAGGAGCUCCGGGACCCCCAGGGUCUGGACUCACUCAUCCCUGAAACAAGCAUCUAACUCUGCUGUUUGCCGUCACUUUCCCCUUUCCAUUUCAAUCCCCCGUCACCUCCUCCCAUGUUACCCUCUUUUUAUGUUCUGUUUCCCUCUGUCCUGUCUUUCCUCACACUCUGAUGCAGAUUGAGUCUUUCAAGCUUCAUUUCCGCGAGAAAGCCCGCUCUCGCACGGACCACGGAGCCGACAUCAUCAUCUGGCCCGCCUCGGCUGACGGCUCUGCCCAACCCCACCUGUUACGCAACAGUGUCUCGCUCAACGACUCCAUCGCCACCGCGGGUCUCCCCCGCUCCCACACCACCCCGACCCUCCUCUCCUCCCAGGAACAGGGCGGAAACGUCGGCUCGCUCGACGGACUCUUGACGUGACUUCUCUUCUCCUUUUCGCCCUACCAUUGCUAUGACUCGUUUAAUGGGUGUGUUUGUUAAACGUCAGACUGCAUGAAGAAGGCUGGUAGGGAACUUCUUCCUCCAGGGGUAGUGGGGGCUCUGAUUAAGGUCUGAAUUAGUUUUUUUUUUAAGCUUUGGUUUGACCAUAAACCCAGCAGGAUCCAUUUAUAAGCCUAAACUCAUGCACCUCACAACACAACAAUCACAACAUCUGCUUUCUCAUAGGAUAUAGAGCAUGACAUCUAGAUCUUGGUCUUUGUUUCUCUGUACAACAGUGUUGAAACUUGGUUCAUGAUUAAUGUAGCUAGCCUGAACAUUUAAACAUCUAGAUCCAUCUGGCCAUCAUCCCACGCUGCCUUCAGGUCCUGCUGAGAAGAGUUUAAAAGUGUUUCACAUCAUUCACCUUUCAGAAAAGCAGGAGGAUUUCCAGCUGUGAUGAUGAUCUAAUGAUGCAAAUUGGAUGAGUGCUGCAGUGCCCAUGUAGUUGUGAAGGCCAAACUAGAAGUUCUCAAAUAAGGCAAUAGGAUUUUUAAUAUUACAAAGAGUAAGCUCUAUGAUCAACAAAAGUACAUGACACACGUCGUGUCCAUCAAGAUAGGCGUCACAAAUAAAGACAAUGUUUAUGGAUUUUGAAGCGUUAAGUAAAAGUAUUUUUUACUAUGCUCGAUCAACACCAAUACCACCAGGAUUCCAACAACUUUUUAAACUUUAUUAAAAACAUUUUCUUUGAUAGGAAACUACUCCAUCCAUCAUUUUUGAGAUUUGUGUCCGUGUUGCAUCACUUUCGAGAUUUUCAUGCACAAUGACAUUUAGUGUCUCUGACCAUGUCUGUAGUCCCACGUACCGACUUAUUAUCAACGACCUUUUUCCAAGACCUGUACAAUCUUUAAAAAAUCAGGAGUGGGGUAUUACUGGUGUGAUUUAUGUCGUAGAACAAAAUGCUUCCAGACCUUAUUUUAGCCAUUUAAACCAAAACCCAUUGAUUUCAUGAUGUUUAAAUCGAACUCUGGAUAUCGGCCUACAAAACCACUUCAUGACUGCAGCACUCAACUAAUGCUUUAUCCUGCAGAGGAUGUUGGGAAAUAUAGUUUUAUCGCAUAAACCCACAGCUGGCUUGAAAGCAGCGUCGUUCAGCACACCGGGGCUGUCAUGUGACCGUCAGUACAUUAAAACCCAUAGGCUAUCUGAAUCUGUGUGUAUCGUGAUUGUGUGUUUGAGUGAAUAAUGUAGAAUUGAACUGUUUGUUUUAUCCUUCAGUUUUGUUUUUGUGACCAGCGGAUGUUUCUUUCUUCUCAUUAUUGUAAAGCAAUAUAUAACCAUCUUCUACAAUGCCUUUAAGAUGUAACUUACAAACACCGUGGACUAAGAUCAUAACGUCAAAUGUAGCUCCAGACGGCUCUGUGAAAGUGAAGAAGGUCUGAGGAGGAACACUGAAGGGAAGAAACUUUAAAAAGCGGAAAGCAAGACGAAGAUGGAGUUUCGUGCAGAGGGUUUUGUUGUCAUUGAUUUAGAUACGGUUUGUUUAUAUCUGCUGGAAGGUUUGCCUGCGGGUGGCACUUAAAUCAUCUGCCUUUAGAGAGCCACAGAACUGAAUGUCAGGGCUUGAAACCUUUGAACUAGUUGCGGUUUAAGAAACGUUGAAUUGUGCAUCAGGUGGUUAUUUGGAUGAUUCUAUUAUUGCGUGUUUUUGCAGGUCUUUUCGAAGCUUGAUAGCGUGAUGUUGAAAGUUCCUGCGGAGCUUGUAGCUGAUCUUUCUGGUAGCAUCUUCUGUAGUAGUUUAUUUUCAAAUGGACUUCUUUUAUGGUCAGGUUGAGCGUGGAAAAUCCUACUGGCAGAUGUUUGGUUUGAUGUAAAGAGGUCAGAACACAUGUUUUCUUGUAACUAUUCAUUUUUACCAUCUGUGGAGGGAGGGAUGGGUUUUUCGUGGGUUUUAAUUCACGUUUUGUUCCAUAUGCAGGUAUUAUUCUCAGCAGAUUUCUUUAAUCCCAUUCAAACACAUAAAGCAAUAAAGCUGUCAAUUUGACAUCAUCAAAUAAUCCUCAUCAGGAGAUGAAUGAUCAAUAAAUGUUUGAUGAAACGUAGGACAUGUUAAUAAAGAUCCACCGAUGUUCAGAAAUAACAUGUUUUAAAUAGGUUUUUAGAUAAAAAUGGAAACUUAGCUGUGGGUUUUGAGCAUUGAAGUUGGUCUGAAUUUAUUAAAAUGUUUCACCUAGGAAUUAGUGAAUAACAGACAUAUAAAUGUCAUUUUAUUAAUUGAUUUUGGGCAAUAAUUAAUAUUUAUAUUUUUUUGUAAAUAUUUGUGUUUGAUCUGUGACAUCCAUAAGUACAGUAUUUAAGUACGGUUAAUUAUAUGUAUAACAAUGGUUUGUAUUGAAAUGGUCACAAUCUGUCCCAUAAAUGCAGUCGAUAUAAUAAGAACAAAGUGCAACUUCUUUUUUCUUUUCAAAUAUUUACGGUUGCUCUCCCCAUAUUGUUCUAUGCUGCCAUCUAAUGCACUCAAUAUUGCCACAAGAACAAAAGAAAUGUAAAAAAAAAAUGCUUUAACGCUUAACACAAAUGAGUGCUUGAUAUUCUUUACCUUAAUGGCUGGUUGUUUUAUUAUUGUUUUUUUUUUAUUCUGGAAAAAAGACAAAAAAAAAACAAAUAGUUUUGAGAUGCAAUAAAGAUGCAAAGCACUUAAAAUUCUGUCCUCUGACAGCUGUGACUUUCUUGUUUUGGUUGUGGGCAGUCUGCCCUGAUGAUGCCAGGUGGGUCAUGUUCAGGUGGGCAUUGAUAUUAUUAAACAUCUUCUAAUAAUCUUAAUGAACCUGUUACAUUUGAUCAAUAUUAGUCUUACAAUACAUGCUGAGAGACACAAACAGUAUAAUGCUGUCAAAACUAAAACUGGGGUGGGGGAUGCAAUGAAUGUGUUGCACUGAAUUUAUUGUGUCAUGAAGGACCAGGGGCAUAGUGUCGAAUCAUUCUUAUAAUUGUUUAUUUUCUUAUUUUCUUUUCUUUGUUGAGUCUGGGAGAGAUAUGAAUUAUAUUCAUUAUCAAGAUGUCCAGCCCCGAAGUAACAUAAAAUAAGAAACGCAACAUUCAUGUGCAAAACUAGUAGUUCUGGUUUUGGUUUUUGGUGAUGCAGUAAAGUAGAUCACAUUCAUGCUGAAACCAGCUCAGACUGUUGUUUUGGUGAUUUUCUUAAUUGUUAAUUUUCCUUUAUUUUCUAGUUAUUUCCAUUAAAAAUGAAUUUCAUAAUAUUUUUGGUUUGAAUGAGGUGUUUAUUGUGGUUAACUAUGAUGUGAUUAUUAGACAUUAAAUGAAAUAAAGUGUUUAAAACAUG